AUGAAGAGUGUUGCUGCGAAGACCGCUCGUGCCGGGAGCUCGUCCGCCGCUGGUGUAGCAGCCACGCCUGACCGUCAGGCGGUUUCUCCAAACCACCCUGAAGGUGACUCACCUAGCGCUGCUGGCGGCGCGGGUGCUGCGAUGCCUCAGGGGGCGGGGAAGAGAUUGCUUCUCCCAGAGACCGCAGAGGUUGCUGUGAAGCGUGCUAAGGUUCGUGCCUCUUCUCCGAAGGGGGAUGACAGGCGUGCGAAGGGUGCGAAGCGGUCUGACAGACCGAGCCUUGUGGAGGUUCCCCCUUUGGCGGCUACAGAUACCGAGGCGGCUGAACUGGCUUUCCACACCAUCAGUGAUCAGCUGGUGAUGCCGAAUCAGUACACACCUUCUUCCCAGGGAAGUAACCGCCGACUGGCCGGGACCGCGUCGCAGCUUUUCUUUGGGGCACAGAUUGGGUUUUCCCAAAUCAUCCUUCUGAACGACCGCCUCUCUAAGACCGUUGAUGACAACGCGGUCGAGAUAGCGAACCUGAAGAAGAGUGCGGAGGAAGGAAGGGCGGCCCUGAUGGAGGAGCUGCGCCCGCAAAUUGAGAAGACUAUCGAGGAGCGGCUGGCUCAAAAGGAUAAGGCCUUGCUAGAUGAGAAGGAGGUGUCUAAGGCGGUUCGGACGGAGAAAGAUCGUCUUCAAGAAGAGUUGCUAAGGUCUGGUGAGAUUGAGAAGACACUGCUUGAGGAGCAGGAUGUUUUGCGUAAGAAGGUGGAGGAGCUCCGGUUAGAGAAGACGGCCUUGCUGGCGACUCAUGAGGCGGAGGUGACCGCCGCCCGGGCUGAAGCCGGGGCCGCCUACUUGCAAUCUGCCGAGUUCAUUGCUCAGGACAAAGCGAAGUAUAAGGCCGUGGUGGGCAACGUGGUGGCCGCCGUUCGUCACCUCUUUCGCGAGGAAUGUCCUGACAUUGGCUGGGACUCUGACCGCGUGUGGGAUGCGAUUGGACAAUGGUCGUCUUCGGACGUGAAUUCGGAGGCGCAUGAGUCUGAAGAGGAGGAAGCAGAAGGUGGGGAAGCGGCCGCCGAGGGAGGAGAUGCGACCAGUGGUGGCUCGCCAAGAAUUUGA